AUGAGUUGUUUUUUUUACUCUAGAAUUUACUCUUUAGUCAAUUAGUCAUUUAGUCAUAUUAAUAAAUAUAAAUAUCAUGUCGCGAAAUGUAUUUAUUUUUAUUUUUUGACCAUUCACUUUCCCCAUAAUGAGCAGUUUACUAAAAAAACAUGGUGUGCGCUGAUUCCAAAGAAAACUGCAUCCCGUCCACGAGUUGAGUUUCGUACAGGCUGCAAUUUACAAUUAACUUAAAUAUCCAUUAACAAUUAAUUACAAAUUACAUUUAUAGCACUAAUUGGUUAAUAGCAUUUACACCUGUGAACUUUGACUUAUAGUACAUUCUGCUUCCAUAAUUCCAUAUAAAUAGUGGUUUUCCCAUCUUAAAAUUAAUUUCUUCAAGUCUUACUUAUCAGAUCUUGAAACAUAAAAAUAUAAUUAUGGCCCCACCCCGCAAUGACCUGAUGGCGAUUGCGGCCUUGACCAUACCCGAAAAUCCUUGCAAAGAGUUGCGGCAUGCUAUCCUUGAUGAGAACCGGUAUUAUUGGGAAACAGACAAGUUGGAAUUGAUGACUGCCAGCAAAGAAUCUGACCUGGCCGGGAAAUGUUUCAUUUUUCGUGCUGGUCUUAAGAUCGACAAGAUGUCGAGGUGGAAAAUCUCCUUCGUCCUGGACCCCACCCGCCCCCACUUUGCUCACGGAAGAGUCAAUCUAUGCUUGGAAUUGCUGCAAUAUGACGGCUACGACACGGGCAUGGCCGGACUUGAGGUGAUUCUUCACAGUUCACAAGGCUGGGAAUGGCAUUUCCGUAAGUUUAAUUUCACCGCAAAUUGUGAAUAUAAACCGGUCAAGGGACAAUUCCAGCGGUUUGAAAAGACGUCAUACGUCACAGAAACGCGAUCCGCUUCGAUGCCGUUUCCCGUAGAUUAUGUCGUCUCAAAAAUGUCAGGCCGAUAUAUCCAGAUGACCGUGGCAUUCACUUUGUAUGACGCGAAACGCUAUAUCCACGAAGGGGCGCUGACGUGGGAUAAAAAGUUCAAACCUGACGUUCUCGCCAUGUUGAAUACUGGCGAUGGUGCGGACGUCACCUUCCAAACGAGGGAGGGACUUCUCGUCCAUGCGCACAGGCUAAUUUUAUGCGAGCGAAGUCCUGUUUUUGACGCCAUGUUCGCCGACACGAUGAAGGAGAGCGUCAUCCCCGUUGUACAUGUCGAAGACAUGGGAACCGUGGGGUUUAGAAUGUUUCUGAAAUAUGUCUAUACCGGAGAGUUGGAUGCAGCUUGGUGGAAGUACUGCGACGAGAUUGUUAAUGCGGCAUAUAAGUACAACGUCGCGUCUCUAAAGGAUAUGUGCCAGGAAUUGUUGCCCAUCGUUUGUAAGGAAGACAAUUGUGUGGAAUUGUACCAAUUGGCCGAGGUGUAUGGCAUGUUUCAUACGCAAAGGAGGAUUAAGCGGUAUAUGAAAAGGAGAAACAUCGGCAUGAUGGUGGACGGGGGAGAACCGGAGGAAAACUCAAACAUGUGUCGUAUUCAGUAAUAAGAUGCGAUUUUUCGACAUUUGAACUUUAUUAGCACUAGGAUUUAAUAGUUACUUCUAGUCUGUUAGAAUUUAUUUUUCAUAGAAUUUAUUUAUUUUAGUAUAAUUUGUGAUGAUCUUGUAUUACUAAGUUAGUUUUUUGUUAGAAUAGAGUUUAUUAAUUGUAGUUAGAAAUUUGGGGUUAGUUUUGGUUGUGGUGUUGCUAUUGCUAUUAUAAUGAUUGAAAUUGUUAUAGAUUAGAUUUAUUUUUCGACAAUUGAUUGAUGACUUGAUUAACAAAGUAACUGUUAAAAUAGGAAAGAAGGAGUAGCAAUUAAAAAACAUACGGUGGUGGUGUUAGUUAAAUAUGUGCUACUUAAUAUGGAGAGAAAUAGACUUGAAGCUACUUUUGUCUUUUCUAGAUUUAUGCAUGUUCAUAGAUCGUAAGACAAUUGAAGUUAAAUGUUACCAGUGAUUCUACUCGUAAUUAAUUCAAAGGGUUAAAACAUAUUUGUUAUUUACCCUUACUAUCGAGGGUACCAUUAUUUAGACGUUGGCGACAUUUAUUUUUUUACAUUUUAGAACUGAAGCAAUUAAAUAUAUAAAUGCAAAUUCCUAUUUAAA